AUGGGGACCUGUAUCCAGGAGGGGCAGGCACCCCUCUCCUGUGUCACACAGCACAAGGUGGACAGCAGAGCCCCGCCUCCAGCCUGCUGUCCUCGCGGCCCGGGGGCCAAAGAAACCUCCGCGACCGUGACCGGGGCCGGGCCGCGGGGACAGGCUGUGCGCGCGGGCCGUCGGCCAAAGGCCGCAGACCUUCAGGGCGGCUCAGCGCCCAGCCGCGCAGGUCCGGAGACGCCUAGGAGGCUUUUGGGGCCCACCACGAGGGAGGGACCCGACUCCCCGGGCCCCGGAACCAGCCACGCGGGAAGGGAGCGCGCGGCCCGGCCGCACAAGGGGAGGUGCCGAGGCCGGCGGGGGCCGUGCCGCUCGGGCCGGAAGUCGGCGGCGCGCGCUGAUGGCGUCACGGCGCGCCCGACGGCGCAGGCCCGCGCAUGCGCCCGGCCCGCAGACGGAGGGCACUGUCCGGGUCCUUGCCGGGCGACCCAGGUGCUCGGAGCACUUUGCCUGUGCCCCGACCUGGUCUGCAGCCCCCAGCGCUCAGCGCUCGGCCGGCGCAGCCACCGUCGCCCACCCUCCCCGACGACCGCCUUCCCGCGCUGCGCGCUGCCACGGGCGCUCCUGACGCCCCAGCCUGAGUCACCCCAUCUUCCUCCCCGUGCGGCUUUUUGCUCCAAAGUCCCCAGUCUCGGCUACGGGAAAGGAGAUAGGGUCACGGGAUGGGACCAGGAGGUCCACCAGCCUCUGCACUGCUUGCCCCGCCCUGUCCUGCCUGCCUGGCCAGCUCCAGCCCAGCCACCUGUUUCCCGCCUUGAGCUCAAGCAGCUAGAGGAAGCCAGGCAGCUCCUUCAGCACCCCGCUGGGCAUCUCCGUAGCUAUGUCAUCUGCCUCACCAGCCGAUGGCGGGGGGACAGAAGCCACCGAAGGCUGACUCACCCCUUGGCGGUGCUCCGUGCUGGGUGUUGGCUGGUCCUUCAGCGGGAGCUGCUGGCGGGAACCGCUCUGCAUGUCCUCUCCUUGUGGCUGCUGGCUCCUUCUCGCAGCGUGGUGGCUGAUCUAGCAUCCCAAGAUGAGCGAGAGAGGCUGGGUCACCCAGCUGUAGGACCUGGCCUCAGAAAUCACAGUGUCACUUCUGCUGCCUCUGAGUCACUAAGCCAGCCCACGUUCAAGGAGAGGGGAUUAGAUGUCACCUCUUGGGGGGCGGCGUGUCAGAGGACUUGCUGACACGUUUGAAAUACAUCACAGUGGGUUGCUUGUCAGGGUGCACCGGUGGGGAUGGGGUGCGUGCAGAGGUGGGCAGGUGGAGAGGCGGCGCAUCUACCUAGGUGGGGAGGUGACCCAUUUAUCAAGGUGCGGAAGAGCAGGCAAGGGGUGGAUUUUGAGACCUUGAGUCUGUCCCAGGCAUGGGGACUGGGAGAUGUUCAUUGGCGACUGACAUGGGACGUGGAGCAGGUGCUUAGGGAGUGUGAGCCUGGAGCAGAAGGAGGAGUCAGGCUGGAGGUAUCAGCUGGGGAGCCCUUGUCACAGAGGUGGUGUCUGACGCUUCAGGGUUGCAGGAGGUCACCAAGGGGGAGAAUGCGGAGGGAUAAAGGAACAGCCAGGGCCUAGCCUUCCUGACCACUGACCCUGCAGCCCCCAUCCUUGAGGAACUGACUUCAAUCGGUAGUUGACCCCCAGGCACCUCUCUGAUCUAAUGGUGAGCAUGAGGUUCUGUGAGGGAAGCUGGCUGGGAGAGGAUUUCAGAUGUAGAAAGAGAUGGGAGGUGUGGAGCAGUGGCAGUCAUCUUGCAGCCAUGAGGUGAGCCACUCACAGAGGUGGGCCACUCACAGAGGCUCCUUUGCAGAUUCCAGAUUAACAAGUCCUGGGCAGCCUGUGUCAGGACUCUUGUGACAAUUGAGUCAGCAGCUUUUGUGACUUGAAGUCUAGAGUCCUCACUGACACCAAAAUGAAAUCAGCAGGGGAGCUUGAGGAAGGGCGUGUAAGGCGGGAGGAGAAGCAUGGGACUGUGUUUUGCCCCUCUAACGGUACCUGCCAUUCAUGGAGGCCCCUGCCCAGCAGGGUUCUAACCUCACACACAGUAACUGGUUGAGCCCUUGGAACAUCUGAGUUAGGUCGCUGUUAUUAUGCUGGUUUAUAGGUUGGGAAACUGAGGCAUGGGACAGGGGCGAAGGAACCUAUCCCACAGCCAGGAAGUGACAGCUGGGGCAGAAGCCAGGCUGUCUGCUGCUCUAUCCUGUGAGCCACACAGUAACUUUUCGGAGGUUCAGAGAAGGCCUUCGGCAAAAGUCCUGGCCGGCUGUCCAGUGCUGCUUAGGUGGGCAUGAAACAGUGUUCCUGGAAAUCGCCAACGUGCAGGUCACCGGCAACGCUGGGCAGAAUGACCCCGAGGGAUGGUGUGGACACGGAGUCAGGUCCUGAGAAGCAUGGCUGUGAUGAGGGUGGGGAGGGGUGGAAAUGGUUUGGGGCGGAUUCUGGGACAUACAGAAAAGCAGACCAUCAGUUUCUCCAGAGCACAGAAGCCGGGCCUCCGAUGGGGUCCAGGAGAGAAAGCAAAGAACUGGGGCCCCGGGCAGUGGGGAUGCGGGUUUGGCGAUGAGCAGAGAGAGCUUUCCAGUUGCGCCCGUUUCCUUCCCGAGGUUGAGACCCCAGCUCCUAAGUUUGUGUGCAGAGGGGCCGAGGGAGUUGGGCUGAAGUGCGGUGGGACCGCGGGGUUGCCAAGGGUACUGGGCCCCAUUUGAGGUUGGAGCUCAGGAGUUUGGGGGCCAGGAGAGUGUGCAGUUUUGGGGGGUGGUGUUUCUCCAGACUUGCUCCUCCCCCUGGAUAGGCCCCCGAAGAGGACAAGGAGCCAGGCCUGGCCGCGGUGGCUACCGGAUGGGGGCAGCCAGGGGCUGGGCCAGCAAGCGGCCCGCGCCCAGGGGCUGCCGGGGGCCGGGGAUCCUCGGGCCGCUGCCCCCGCCGCAGGGCUGGACCGGGGGCCGGCGGGCGGUGGAGGCGGCCCUGCCCGCUGCCAGCCCUGCGGGUCGGGGGCACGGACUCCGGGCGCAGGGCUCCCCGCGGCCCCUCCCGCCCGCCGCCGCCGGGGAUUAGCGCGCUCCUGGCCGCGCGGCGGGAUUAGCCCGCGUGGACGCGGCGGGAUUAGCCCGCGUGGACGCGGCGCCCGGCCCGGGGAUUACCGCCCCCCCCCCACCCC